UCUGUCCUUGCUGGUCUUUCAGCAUUGAUUCAAAAGGAAGAUGUCCCUGUAUGACGACCUGGGAGUGGAGACCAGCGACUCAAAAACUGAAGGCUGGUCCAAAAACUUCAAGCUUCUGCAGUCCCAGCUCCAGGUGAAGAAGGCAGCUCUCACUCAAGCAAAGAGCCAACGGACAAAACAAAGUACAGUCCUUGCACCAGUCAUCGACCUAAAGCGAGGAGGCUCCUCGGAUGACCGGCAGAUCGUAGACACACCACCUCAUGUAGCCGCUGGGCUGAAGGACCCUGUGCCCAGUGGCUUUUCUGCUGGGGAAGUUCUGAUCCCCUUAGCUGAUGAAUAUGAUCCUAUGUUUCCUAAUGAUUAUGAGAAAGUUGUGAAACGCCAGAGAGAAGAGCGACAGAGGCAGCGGGAGCUGGAAAGACAGAAGGAAAUAGAAGAAAGAGAAAAGAGGCGUAAAGACAGGCAUGAAGCCAGUGGGUUUUCAAGACGGCCAGACCCAGAUUCUGAUGAAGAUGAAGAUUACGAGCGAGAGCGGAGGAAAAGAAGUAUGGGAGGAGCUGCCAUCGCCCCACCUACUUCUCUUGUAGAGAAAGACAAGGAAUUACCCCGAGACUUUCCUUAUGAAGAGGACUCAAGACCUCGAUCACAGUCUUCCAAAGCUGCUAUUCCUCCCCCAGUGUAUGAGGAGCCGGAUCGACCAAGAUCUCCAACCGGCCCCAGCAACUCCUUCCUUGCUAACAUGGGUGGCACAGUGGCUCAUAAGAUCAUGCAGAAGUAUGGCUUCCGGGAAGGCCAGGGACUGGGGAAGCACGAGCAAGGGCUGAGUACUGCAUUGUCAGUGGAGAAGACCAGCAAGCGGGGUGGCAAGAUCAUUGUGGGUGACGCGACGGAGAAGGGCGAGGCUCAGGAUGCAUCCAAGAAGUCAGAUUCAAAUCCAUUAACUGAAAUACUUAAGUGCCCUACGAAAGUGGUCCUGCUGAGGAACAUGGUCGGUGCAGGAGAGGUUGAUGAAGACUUGGAAGUUGAAACCAAGGAAGAAUGUGAAAAAUAUGGCAAAGUUGGAAAAUGUGUGAUAUUUGAGAUUCCUGGUGCCCCUGAUGAUGAAGCAGUACGAAUAUUUUUAGAAUUUGAGAGAGUUGAAUCAGCAAUUAAAGCUGUUGUUGAUCUGAAUGGGAGGUAUUUUGGUGGACGGGUAGUUAAAGCAUGUUUCUACAAUUUGGAUAAAUUCAGGGUCUUGGAUCUGGCAGAACAAGUUUGACUGUAACCUAAAGUCGCCUCCUUGAUCCUUACGUGAGCUGCAGACUGAGCAAUGAAACAGGCAUCAGCCUCCACGGUUGUUGGACACAGACUCUUGGAUGGACUUCUAAGAUAUAUGUUGAUGGAUCCCUUUUUUAUUUUGUGGUUUUUUAAUAUAGUAUAAAAAAAAUCCUUCAAAAAAAUGUGUGUGCCUCUCUGGUUGUUUUCUCACUACUGUCUGUGUUGUUUCUGCUGGGAUUUCAUGCCAUGCUGUGUGUCUUGGCACGAAAAGAUCUAGAAAGGCUUAGAAUGGAGUUUGUAUUAAAUCACCCUUUUCCUCCUUCCUUAAUAAAGCCUUCAAGUCACGGAGCUGUAGCUCUGUACGUUGUAUAAUAAAGUCGUGUUGGCGGUGUGCUAGAGGUGUAAAUGCCUGCCUUCUCAAGAAGGAAAAGCACUUGGCCUGAGUUAGAGUGGAGGAACCCAGAGUCAUGUGACCUGCUGGGUUGAGUUAUUUGCUGUUUAAGCUAAGCCGGACUAGAGGGUUUGUGUUGGCUUUGUGGAGUAAAUGGGUAUAGAUAUUGUUACAGGAUGCAUCAGAAACACCAGGCUAACUAAAACCUAGAAAGGGCUUUAUAAGUGUGUGCCCAGCUAUUUGGGGGUGACGGGCUCCUCCCUGGAGUUGUGUAUACUGACAAAGUCUGAAACUGUUAAUUCUAAUACAUGUAGUCUUCAAAUUCACAGAAUUCAGCCUUGUUAUCUACUUAAACUAUAUUGCCA